UGCGCGCGCACAGCGCGUGCAGCCGUCUCUCCUCGAGCUGUGUACACUGACACAGCCCCGGAGAGCUUCCAGCGGUGCUCCAGUGUUCGCGUUCACUCUGUGACAGACGGAGCUCCAGCCACACGAGCGAGAUCCGGGAGCGGCUCCAGACCUCGAAAUAAAGAAAGAAGUAUCCUGUUGAGGAAGGAGAGAGCCGGUCGGGUGCUGGUGCCGUUGGUGGAGCAGGACAAAAAAAAGGACUCUUCCAAGUGCUCGGUCUACUUUAAUCUCGACCCCGCACAUCUCACCGCCGCCGGACGGACGACAGCCGCGUAUCGCUCACCCCGAGAGAGUCGAGAGGGAAUCAAGUUGGACGUUUGCUUUUCUUCUACAAGAUGGCAUCAAAUGACUCGCGGCUCCAGCAGAAGCCCGCCCAGAAGGACGCGGCCGACCAGAACUUUGACUACAUGUUCAAGCUGCUGAUCAUCGGCAACAGCAGCGUGGGAAAAACCUCCUUCCUGUUCCGCUAUGCGGACGACUCCUUCACCUCGGCCUUCGUCAGCACCGUGGGCAUCGACUUCAAGGUCAAGACCGUCUUCCGCAAUGACAAGAGGAUCAAGUUGCAGAUCUGGGACACAGCGGGGCAGGAGCGCUACCGCACCAUCACCACGGCCUACUACAGAGGAGCCAUGGGCUUCCUGCUCAUGUACGACAUCACCAACCAGGACUCCUUCAACGCAGUCCAGGACUGGGCAACGCAGAUCAAGACGUACUCGUGGGACAACGCUCAGGUGAUCCUGGUUGGCAACAAGUGUGACCUGGAGGACGACAGGCUCGUACCCACGGAGGACGGCCAGAGACUGGCAGAGGACCUAGGUUUCCAGUUCUUCGAGGUCAGCGCCAAGGACAACAUCAACGUGAAGCAGGUGUUCGAGCGCCUCGUGGACGUCAUCUGCGAGAAGAUGAACGAGAGCAUGGAGGGCGACAUCAACCUUGUGUCCAACCACAAGAACCAGGCCCUUAAAGACUCGCCGUCAGAGAGCCACGGGGGCUGUGCUUGCUGAACCAUCAGGCCUCUUAGCAGCUCCCCCAACACACACACACACUUACACACACAUUCCCUCUCUGUGCCUCGACCAAGUAAAGUGCCAGACCUCUUCCUCUCUCGUCCCUCCAGCCACGGCCCAGCACGACCAAAGGGACAGCUUGCUGAAAUAAUUUUCAUCAGCGUUGUCAGGCCCUUCUCCUCCUCCUCCUCCUCCUCUUCUUCUUCUUCCUCCUCCUCCUCCUCCUUCUCCCAGUGUUUCAGUCUUUGGCCCACUUUCUGUCCCUGUUUCUUCAGCCCAUCAGCUCUGCGGGGAGCUGAUAGUCCACCAAAGCCGGUCCUGUGCUCCGUCCAGCCCGCCCACCUCAACUGCCCCUCGACAACUGCUGCGACCUUAUCUGAACCAUUUGUUUUGUGGUUUUCAUUUUUCAAAUAUUUGUGCAGAUAUUGCUUGAAAAAUAAGGAUGCCAAAUAGUGACUGGAGGUGGCUGUGCUUCGGGGCAUUCAUUGUUUUACAAAGCAUUGUUCUGCUAGCCGGCUUCAUAUUAGUGAAGAGCGGCACCAAUCUUAAAAAGAACUCUGGUUCAAUCCAACUGUUGAAUACACUUUCUAAAUGUCUUUAAGUAGAGAGACGUCUCAACACGGCGCAGCCAAAUCGGUCGUGAAAAUAAUAAAAACACGCCUUCA